AUGAAUACAUAUAGCUCAUUAAAGUAUUUUCAAAUAUUUAUAGGAGAUCUUUUGAUUCUUAAAUUUAAGGGAGAAAAAUCUAAGAACCAAAUGUUGCCAUUACUAGCAAUAGAGCUAAAAAGAGUCCAAGAUUAUGUUCACCAGAAUAAUCUCUUGAUUAAUUUAUUGAACUCAAACCUCAACAUAUGUAAUAAACACUAAAAAAGAAGAAAGUAAUUCAAGGACAAUAGGGGAAAUCAAAAUCAUAAAUAAAUACUGCAAAAAAAGGAUUUUUUCCAUCAUAAGAGAAGAAAUUAAAAAAAUCAAUUUAACAUCAAACAAAAAAGAAAUCAAACACUUUAUUUUUAAGUAAUUCUACAAGUCCAUAAAAGUAAAUGAAUCCUAAAAAGCCAGUUUAAAUUAAUAAUAUAGGAGAGAUGCUAAUUAAAUAACAAAUAAAUAAAUAAAAUUUAUAAAAAGAUGUUAAAUAAUUACCAGAGAAAAAAAAUUAGAAUACAGUUGAAAAAAGAUAGAAUGUUUAGAAGGAUGAUAUUUAACUUUAUAUAAAUUGUAAAAGAGCUUAAGAUACAAUUAAUUUGAAAAAUUAGUAAAUUUAAAUGCUCUUAGAAUAGAAGAAAAAGUAUUAAUUCUUAAUUAAUUAGAAUUGAGAAUUUAUUUAAAUUGGAGUAAUUGAGAAAGAAGAUUUUAUCUAAAAAAAAAACAAUAGAUACAAGAAUAAAAUCACCAAAAAAGGGUAAAAAAAAAUUAAAAAAAAAUAAGUAAAAAGAAUAAAUUGAAAAAAUAUUAUGUUCCAAUUAAGAAAAACCUGGUAAACUAAUAGAUAAAUUAAUAAAAAGAUAAGAAUAACAUACUAAGAUGGAAUAAAAUUAAUAAUAAUUAAAAUAAGAGUAAUUGUAAAAUAAAUAAAAUAAAAUUUAAAAAUAAAUAGAUCUACCUUAAUAUGAUGAAGAACAUUCAUUUUCAUACAUUGAACCUACUGAUCAAAUUUUACCUAAUGAAGUUGAAGAUACUUUAAAUUAAUUUCCACCUUCAAAUUAUUUAAAAGAGUUAGUAAAGAAUCUAAUACAAAAUAAUGAAGUUUUGGCUACUGCAAAUUUAGCAUAACAUGAUUUCAAAUUAUUAGAAUUUUAUUAUAUGUAAGCUGCUGCAACAAAAAUUUAAAGUGUCUGGAGAGGGUUUUAUUAAAGAAAAUUAAUUCUCGAUAGUUAUCUUAAAUAUCUCGAAUAAGAAGAUUAAUUAUAAUAAGAGAAUUAAUAAUAUCAAAAUAAUUCAUUUUUAUAAGAAUCCAAUAAAUCUAGUUCCCCAAAAGUUGUUAAUCCUCCAUAAAGUUAAAAUAAUUCAGUAUUUUAAGAUGAAGAAGAAGAAGAUGAUUCACAUAAUAAAUAAUUGGAUGUUCAAUAAGCUAUUAAUAAAAUAUUAGAAAAAUAAUAGUCAGGUUCUCCAUUAAAUUAAUCUUCAUAAUAAUUUAGUCAAUAAUAAAGUGAUGAUUUAGUAGUUAUUAAUUAAGUACCUAGAGGAUCUGAAAAUGAAGAUAAUGAUUAAGAGAUUGAAGAGAAUGAGGAUAUGGAAAGCUCUAAAAAUAUUCAUGAUCAUAAAAUUUCAAAAUAAGAGACCAUUAUACAAGAAAUUUAACAUCAAUUAAAUGAUUGGAACUUUAAUUUAGAAAAUUUAAUAACAGAAAAUAGAAAAUCAUAUGCAAUUAAGACUCUUAAAGAAUAGAUGUAAUAAGCAAUUAUAUCUAUUGUUUAAUCUUAAAUUUAAAAGUUUUAAGAAUAAUAAAGUAAAUAAUAGAUUGAAACUGAAUAAUCAGUAGAUUUAAAAAUGAGAUUAUCAUAGGAAACAAAUACUGAAAAGAAUUUUAAUGAUAUUAGAAAGAAAUUUAAAAGUGUUUAAGAAUAGAGUGAAGAAAGAUUACUUUAAUCUUCUAAGGAUUAAUCUACUGAUAUAAAUAGAUCAUCACUAUUAGCAUUAUAAUCUUAAUUAAUGAGAAGAGAAAUUGAAUUAUUGAGUAUGAGAGAAGAAGCAAUAUAAUUAAGAUAUUAGGCAGAAAUUAAGAAAUAUGAAAAUGAUGAUAAUAAAAAAUUAGAGUUGAAUUUUUGGUUAAAAAAAGAAUUGGAAGAUUUAUAAUAAACAAAAUAAGCAAUUGAGAUUAGUACAAAGAAGGAAGCAAGUGCAAUGAAAAAAAUACAAAGAGAUUUGAUAAUUGCAUAAUCUUUUGAUGAGAAUAAUUCAAAACUUUAGAGUCUUAGAAAAAGAGUGGAUGAAUAACUAAGUAAUCUAAAAUAAUCUAAGUAAAGCAUAUCUGACAUAAAAUUAAUAAAUAAUUUCUGUGUAUAAAAUGAAAAUGAACUUGAAAAAUUAGUAGAAACAUAAUCAGAAGAUUUCAAUUAUGAAGACUAAUUUUAAUAAAAACAAUUUCUAAAGGAUAACUUCAUUGAAUCAUAUGAAACUAUUGAGAAGUCAGCUAAAGUAAAUUUAAUUGUUAGUGAUCUAGUAAUAGAUCUAUUACAAGAAAUGACUGAAGGUAAUUAUUAUGAUUAUUAACAUUAGAAUUAUUUACAAAUGAUAAUAAAUUUGAGAUUAUUAUAUAGAAUUUGAUAAGAUAAUCUAUAAUUCCAUAAAUACCAACCUCUAUUAUAGAUAUUCGUUAUUAUAUCCAUAAUUUAUUUGAUUACAUCUUACCUCAACACUAUUAUGAGAUCAUUCGAAACAUAAAUAUUCCUUAUGGAUUCUCACCAUAAAAACGUUUAUAAUUUAUUCAUGGAUAUAUGGAAUCAGAUGAAUCUCAAUAUAAUGAAUUUUUGACUUUUAUCUUAAAAGAAGAAUAUUUUUUAGAAUAUGAAUAAUAUAGAUUAUAAUAAAAUGAAUCAGAAAAUGAAGAUAGUGUAACAUAAGCUUUAAAAGAAUUAGAACAUAUACAUAAUAGAGCUAUUUUUGAUGCUUGCAAUGAAGCCCUCAAUUUUUAAAGACCCUAUUAUUGCAGUAUAUAUAUAUUUAUAUAUUAAAUUUUAGAUAGUGGAUCACCUUAUCCAUGGGAAGGAAAAAUUGGUCAUAAAGUUAUAAAUGAUAAUGAUUUAAGUGAGAUUUUUAAGAAUAUGGAACUCAAAGUUGUUCAAUGGGCUAAUUCUCUUUGUGGAUUUUUGCCUGUUGAGGAAGAGAUUGCUAUAUCCAAAGAAAAAUAAGUUAUUUUAGAUGAGAAAAAUUAAUAAAUAAUGCUUUAACAGAUGUAAUACUAGGAUAAUCCAGAAUUAAUGGAACAAGAUUAUUAAUAGGAUCCAAUCUCAUAAAUCAGAGAAUAAAGACUUUAUAAAGCUCUUAUUUAGGAUGUAUAAAUAUUAUUUAAAAUUUAAGUUUAAAGAUUUAGAAUACAGAUGGAAUUAAGAUUAAGAUGAUAAAGCUGAAUUAAUGAUGGAAAUUGGAGAUUUGAUUUUUGAAUAAUGUAUAGAAGAGUUUUUAAUAGAGUCAGUUGUUUUGUGA